AUAAAAUUGCUGCUCACAAAAAAAAGACCAAUAUCUUCAUCACCGACAAAUGCCCAACGGUAUACUUCCGACGUACAAAAGCGGCAACAUCAUUUGCUCCCGGGUCUCCUCGGAGCAUAAACUCACUCGCACCGCGUUCACAUUACGGUUACACCCAUAAAUCUCCGAUCGUCUCGUUCGCUGAUCAUCCAAAUCCUAUCAACUCAGCGAAAAAAUCACCCGCUCGCACUCUCACUCUAACUCUAUCCCCGAAAGCUCACAUUCUUCGAUGCCACUCUUCCAUUACGGUGCGAUGAUUGAAAGAGAUCCGAGAUCUACAAGCUCGUCUUAACUUCUUCCAAUUCAUAUUUCGAGAAUUCUUAAAAUGAAGCCAUUCGGAGGUGGGGAAGUCUUCAAAACCCCCCUGAUUAUCAAGAUCUCCGCCUUCUUUGUCCUCGCGGUCACUUCCUUUUACUUGGGCGAGCACUGGUCCGAUGGGUACCAGCAGCUUAUCUUCUUCACCACCGCGCGCCGAGCCCCUUCGGUCUCGAUCUCACCCAACCGCGACAAGCCGUUUAAUGUCUCUGCCCUCAUUCAUGAAAACCAAACCCAAACCGUCCCCGAAAAAACCCUAAACACAGCCCCAUUCUCGGUCCCUCCCAGUUCGCAUCCUCCGCCUCCGCCAUUACAGCGGUUCGGGAUCGUGAAUGAGAACGGAACGAUGUCUGAUGAGUUUGAGGUCGGGGAGUUCGAUGAGGGUUUGGUGGAGGAUUGGAGGAACGAGACGGAGGCGGAGGGGGUUGAUGGUGAUGUAGAUUCGUCUAGGGUUAGGGUUACCAAGUUUCAGCUGUGUCCGAGAGCUAUGAGCGAGUAUAUUCCCUGCUUGGAUAACGAGGAGGCUAUUAAGAAGCUGAAAUCGAGUGACAAAGGGGAGCGGUUCGAAAGGCAUUGUCCAGAGGAAGGUCGGGGAUUGAAUUGCCUCGUUCCAGCACCGAGCAAGUACCGCACCCCGAUUCCAUGGCCGAAAAGCCGGGACGAGGUGUGGUUCUACAACGUUCCUCAUACUCGUUUGGUUGAAGAUAAAGGGGGUCAAAAUUGGAUUGCCAGAGUGAAGGAUAAGUUUAAGUUUCCUGGAGGUGGUACACAGUUUAUUCAUGGGGCAAAUGAAUAUUUGGAUCAUAUAUCUAAGAUGAUCCCUGAAAUAGCUUUCGGUCAUCAUACCCGAGUCGUCUUAGAUGUUGGCUGUGGUGUAGCUAGUUUCGGUGCCUAUUUGUUAUCACGGAAUGUCAUCACCAUGUCAAUUGCUCCCAAAGAUGUUCAUGAAAACCAGAUUCAAUUUGCUCUUGAGCGUGGUGUGCCAGCAAUGGUGGCAGCAUUUGCAACUCAUCGUUUAUUGUAUCCAAGCCAAGCUUUUGACUUGAUACAUUGUUCACGGUGUAGAAUCAAUUGGACUCGUGAUGACGGAAUAUUACUGCUUGAGGUAAAUAGGAUGCUCCGUGGAGGAGGAUACUUUGUUUGGGCAGCACAACCUGUUUAUAAGCAUGAAGAAAUCCUGGAAGAACAAUGGAAAGAGAUGCUUAACCUUACAACUCGUCUCUGCUGGGAUUUUGUGAAAAAGGACGGAUAUAUUGCAAUAUGGCAGAAGCCAUAUAACAAUAGUUGCUAUUUAAGCCGUGAGGAAGGAACUAAGCCUCCAUUGUGUGAUCAAGAUGAUGAUCCAGACAACGUUUGGUAUGCUGAUCUGAAGUCAUGCAUCUCUCGACUUCCAGAGAAUGGGGUUGGAGCAAAUGUUACCAUGUGGCCUGCACGUUUACAAACUCCACCCAGUAGGCUUCAGAGCAUACAGAUUGAUGCCUAUAUAUCAAGAAAGGAGCUCUUUAAGGCAGAGUCAAAAUACUGGAAUGAGAUAAUAGCUAGCUAUGUUCGUUCUUUGCACUGGAAGAAGAUUAGAUUAAGAAAUGUAAUGGACAUGAGAGCUGGCUUUGGAGGAUUUGCUGCAGCAUUAAUGGAACAAAAUCUUGAUUCUUGGGUUAUGAAUGUUGUUCCUGUUAGCGGGCCUAACACCUUGCCUGUUAUAUAUGAUCGAGGACUUAUUGGAGUUUUGCAUGAUUGGUGUGAGCCAUUUGAUACAUACCCAAGAACCUAUGAUUUUUUGCAUGCAGCUGGUCUCUUCUCUAUUGAGAGAAAAAGAUGCAAUAUCUCUUCAAUCAUGCUCGAGAUGGAUCGGAUACUGAGACCUGGUGGACAUGUGUAUAUCCGUGACACUCUUGCUGUCAUGGAUGAACUUCAAGAGAAUGCAAAGGCCAUGGGUUGGCAUGUCACAUUACGAGAUACGUCUGAAGGUCCUUAUGCAAGUUAUAGGAUCUUGACAGCUGAUAAACACCUGUUGCGUGGGUGAGGUGGUGGAAAUUGUGAAGCAUGUUUAUUCCCUGCUGAUCCGUCUGAGAGAAGAUGGGCUAACCAGGCUAGUGUUUAUCUAACGAUAAGGUCUUUAAAGCAUUGGAAAUUAAGACGAUCACUGAAUGAAUGACAAUUACGUAGAGAGAGGGGGGGAUAGAGAGAAUUGCUUUUAUUGGGUGGUGUAUUGACAAUUGACAUUUGGUAUGGCUCAUAUCACGAUGCGGGGAGCAAUAUCUAGGCAACUAUUGGCCCAAAUAGCAGUGCAAGGCGUAAUGCACCUGUAAAACUCCAUGUCACGUUUUAUCCAAGUUUUCCCAGGCUAGUACAUUUGUUAAAUUGUUUACCCAGAUUUAUGAGAUACGUCCCCCUUAUUUAUU